ACAGAACCUGAGGGCAUUUAAUACAGGCGCGUGCAUGAACAAUUUUAUUGUUGUCCUCAUUAUGACCCAGUUGUAGGCUGUGGGGACGAGGCUGAAGAAGAGGUCAUUCCUGGAGUUUGGAGUCACAACAGGUAUGUCGGCCUCGACCCCUGCCAGAGGUGAAAGUGACCGAGCUGGGGUUGCGCCGCGGACUUCCAGUCUCAUCGCGCAUGCGCCGCCUCCUCGUAUAUAAGUAAAGGGGCCUGUUGGUAAGGGACCUCAGGAGUGCGCCAUGAUACGUCGAGUUACUACGCCCCUUCUCGUCCUCCUGGCCCUGGGCUGGGUGGCCGGGCAAUCGAACCUGGACAUGGACCCAGACUACUACUGCACCGGGCGAGCUGAGGACGAGUUCUUCAGGAAAGACUUCGGGGAGGUGGCGGAGGCCGGCGAGGACGUGUACCGGGCCAACUGCGGCACCUACUACCGCUGCGUGCCGGCCCCCGCAGGCAAGAGGUCCAUCGCCACCGCCCUGUGUCAGAGCGAACUGUUCUUUGAUAUUGAACAGCAGAUUUGUGAGCGCAAGUUCAAGGUCGCCAACUGCGCCCAGAUUGACAAGUACCAGCCCCCGAAGCCCGUGUGGCCACGUGUCGACGGGCAGGCGUCGCCGUGCCAGCAGGGCCAGAUUGAGUGUGGCAGCGGCGAGUGUCUGCCAAGGGAUGUCUUUUGUGACAACGUGCCAGACUGUGCCGAUGGCUCCGACGAGAACAUCUGCACACCCCAGUCUGAUCCCAACCGCGCCGCCGUGUGUGACCCUCGCACUUGCCUCUGGUCCGAGGGCUGCUUCUGCUCUGUGGACGGCACACGCAUUCCCGGCGACCUGAACCCCGAGCAGACACCCCAGAUGAUCACCAUCACCUUCACUGGCGCCGUCAACGAGAGGAAUUUCCGUAUUUUCCAGGACAUCUUCAAGGACACCACCAAGCACAAGGGUAACGACUGCACACCUAAAGGCACCUUCUUCAUCUCUCACGCUUUCACCAACUACUCGGCUGUGCAGGAACUGCAUCGCGUGGGUCACGAGAUUGGUGUCAGCUCCAUCACAAACAACCAGAACCGCACUUACUGGAGCAACCUUGACUCUACUGGGUACGAGGCAGAAAUGGACGGCGCCCGAGUCAUCGUUGAGCAGUUUGCCAACGUUUCCGCCAACGAGGUUCUUGGCCUGCGUGUGCCCAGACAGCGAGUGGGUGGUAACAGCCAGUUCAAGAUGAUGGUUGACUGGGGCUUCCUGUAUGACUCCUCCAUCUCUGCCCCCAUGGGCCGCCUGCCCCUGUGGCCAUACACCCUCAUGCACCGCAUCCCUCACAAGUGUCUGGGUACCGAUCAGAACUGCCCAUCCCGCAACUUUACCGUAUGGGAGAUGGUGGUGAACGAGCUCGAUCGUCGUGAUGACGUGAAGUUCGACGAAGUCCUGACAGGUUGUCACUACGUGGACCAGUGUGCUAAUCUUGUAUCUCCCAAGCAAUUCAGAAACUUCCUUGACAACAACUUGAACCGUCACUUCAGGACAAACCGCGCACCUUUCGGCCUCCACUUCACCUCCGGAUACUUCGAGACUCGUAAAAACUUCCUGAAGGAGUUCGUCGCCUGGGUGGCUGACGUGGCCCAGCGCGGCGACUUCUACUUCGUGACCAUGCAGCAGGUGAUCAACUGGAUGGAGGCUCCCACGGAGAUUGCAGCCAUUAAUAAUUUCCAGGAAUGGAAGGGUAAGUGUGAGGUGAAGGGCCUUCCCUACUGCUCCCUGCCUAACCCCUGCCCCAAGAAGGUACCCCGCCUCUUCCCUCAAGAAGAAGAAAUGUUCCUGUACACCUGCAUGGAGUGUCCCGCCACCUACCCCUGGCUAAAUGACCCCUACGGAUCUGGCGGAUUCUUGACCUUCAACGAGAAUAAUUUCUAAGCCAUCUGACACAAGUAUCUCACUCCUACACGACUCCCCACAACACCCUUAUACUCCUACUCACUAGUGACUACCAAUAGUACUCUCGACGAGCCCUGCGCUCCUCUCCGCGUCCUCGCACACCCCAGAGACAUAGUGGAGACGCACCACCUUGUCGACGGCUCACUCCUCCAGCGUGGUGCCUGCAGAGCCCACCUGGGCACGAGGUGUUGCGUGGCCGCCGCGGCCACUCCUCACCGGCACCAUGAUAUAUCGUGUUUGAACUUGUGAUGCUUGUUGUACACAUGACUCUCUGUUGUAUUAUAGUGUACAGUCAUUUUUGUUAUUCGUUUAAAGUAUUUCCAAUUAAAUAAACCCUUCUCA